GCGCAUGCGGCCGUCCGGGAGGGAGGUGUCUCACUCUACUCAGGCGGCCGGACCUAGGCUGUUUGUCGGAUUCCGGUUCGCUAGCCCUGGGAUCCUUGAGGGUGUCUCCGAAUAAGAAUCGAGACGUUUGUGCAGCCAGGAAACGCGGGGUUACAGCACUGAGUGGGUCCAUGGCUCGAGCCAGAGCAUUGGCCAACCACAAGAAAUGCAGAAGACUUGGGUGCUAUAGGCUGUGGAGGUCAGCUGUCCAGAGUCCAGGGAAGGGUAAAGAAGGACCAAGGAUGGGUUUAGAGGACAAACAAUAUAAGUCCUGAUCUUCAAACUAAAUAGUUCCAGGAAGGAAGGAAGGAUGAAGCUCUACAGAUAAUAGCUGCCCAAACAACCUUUACCAAAGAUGAAAAGGAAGUCCAUGAAGACACCACCAACUGAAAUAAUGGUGUUUGAUUCCCCAGAGUAAAUUCUUGUUGAGAAGAAACUUACAGGUACCCCGAAAUGACUGAGAUUGAACAGGCAGAGGCCCAACUCUCUGAGUUAGACCUGCUGGCCAGUAUGUUCCCCAGUGAGAACGAGCUCAUCGUGAAUGACCAGCUGGCUUUAGCAGAACUGAAAGAAUGCAUUGAAAAGAGGACCAUGGAAGGACGAUCUUCAAAAGUUUACUUUACAAUCAGUAUGAACCUGGACGUAUCUGAGGAAGCAAUGGUGAUGUUUUCUCUGGCCUGUAUUCUUCCUUUUAAAUACCCUGCAGUUCUGCCUGAAAUUACUGUCAGGUCAGAAUUAUUAAGUAGAUCCGAGCAGGCUCGGCUGAAUAUGGAUCUGACUACAUACCUACAAAAGAACUGUCUCGGAGAUGUCUGCAUCCUGAAUGCCACAGAGUGGGUUCGAGAACAUGCUUCUGGCUACAUCAGCAAAGACGUCACCCCAUCCCCUGCUCCAGGAAGUAUAGUCCAGCCAGGCGACUGCGUUCUCACAAGGCUCUGGAUCUACAGCCAUCACAUCUACAACAAAUACAAAAGAAAGAGUAUUCUCGAGUGGGCAAAGGAGCUUUCCCUCUCUGGGUUCAGCAUGCCUGGGAAACCUGGUGUUGUUUGUGUGGAAGGCCCACAGAGCACCUGUGAAGAAUUCUGGUCAAGGCUCAGAAAAUUAAACUGGAAGAGAAUUUUAAUUCGCCAUCGAGAAGACACUCCUUUUGAUGGUACAAGUGAGGACAUGGAGAGACAAAGAAAAUUUUCAGGUUUUGAAGAAAAAGUAUUCAGUGUCAAUGGAGCCAGAGGAAACCACAUGGACUUUGGUCAGCUGUAUCAGUUUUUGAAUGCCAACGAAUGUGGGAAUGUUUUCCAGAUGUUGUUUGGUGUGGAAGGACAGUGAGCAGGGGAGUGGCUGAAAGCGUUUUGCCACUGUUGGUCUUUUGAUUUUUCCUCUCUUUUGCUUGAAAGAUUAAUUUGACUUUAGUCCCACUCUAGAAUGUUAGGGAGGAAAAAAAGGAAAAGCAAUGUAGUGGAAACGCAUCUGUUAAAAAUAUGUCAUGAUUAGAACUGUUUUAAGUUAUAAUCUUAAAAUUGUUGAUAGACAUUUCUUGACUUACAAGCUACCUAUUUUGAAAGAGAAGUUAAUUAUAUUUAAUUAUAACAUUGGUGGUCCAACUUGCCACCCAUUCCCAACCCCUAUCCCCUGUAUCUGUCUCCACUAAAGAACCUGGAAAAGCUAUAAAUGCUCACUGUCUCAGACUCUCUUGCAGCUAGGGUGGCCGGGGGACACAGCUUUGAGCAUGGAACCUCUGGGAAGACUUUUGCUUCCCUGAUUAAAGUGAUAGGUACAACUAGGGCACCUCUUCCCUCUCCUCUGUCACAGGCACCAAAGUGAUCACUGGAGCUGCAGUAGUCCUCAGCCAUGAAGGAAGGAGGGCUGAAGAGAGCCACAGAGAUGCCAGUCCUCAAGCAGUUGAACCACUGAUCCAACACGAGCGCCUGCCUAUCUCUAGACAGCUUAUUAGGAAAUAAAACCAGUUUUAUUUGUAUUUCUGUGCCUGUUACUAGCAGCUGAAAGUGAGUUUGCCAGUUAGAUUUUUUUCAGAGCAUUAGUUUUGCAUGUACCCCAGCCAUUUGGUACAAAGACAGGGGGGAUUUUUCUUAAACAGAGUUUGCAGUUCAUCUCUAUUUCUGUAUGCUCACGCUCUGCCCCUGCUCCUUGGCUUACCUCACAGAAGGCUUUAAAGACUUUUUAAUAGGUCUCAAGCGUGCAUGGAAUUGGUAAUUUAGAGCAUUCAUUUUUGGCAAAUUUGAUUUUGACAAAUUUUUUUCAUUCUGCAAGUGGCUUUCUGUAAAUCUACUUUCAGCAAGUUGACCCACUCAAAUAAACACACAACCUGGUUUUCGAGACCCUGCAUAAACCAGUUUCAAAAGUGAUGAUUAAAUAUUUACUAAUUGCUACCA